AUGGCCGUCCCUGCCGCACGGCGAGGAUCCCCGCAGCCCACCAGCGCGGACGUGCGCGCCCAGCUGGAGCGCAUCGCCCGCUCCAACCGCACCGACUUUGAGAAGCGCGUGUGGGCGGCGCUGUGCCGCAUCCCCGCCGGCCGGGUGACCACGUACGGCCUGCUGGCCAGGUACUUGGGGUCGUCGCCCAGGGCGGUGGGCAACGCCCUGCGCCGGAACCCGUUCGCGCCCGAGGUGCCGUGCCAUCGGGUCGUCGCGACGGGCAUGACGCUGGGGGGGUUCAAGGGGAAAUGGCCGCGGGGGGGGGAGGGCAUCACGCUGGAUGAGAAGAGGAGCCUCUUGGCGGGCGAGGGGAUACAGUUUGACGACAGGGGGAGAGUUGCGAGCUGUCCCUGGAGCGGGUGGUCAUGA